AUGUCGUCAAGUCAAGCAAGGCAAAGAAACUUACAGAAAAAUGAUAAUGACGUUGUCAUUGUUGCCGCCUACAGGACAGCCAUCACAAAGGCGCGCAAGGGAGGUUUCAAGGACACUCUACCAGAGGAAAUGUUGACCGCUGUAUUAAAAGCCGUCUAUGAAAAGGUCAAACUGGACCCAAAGCUCAUUGAAGACGUUGCAGUUGGUAAUGUGCUCCCGCCUGGUGGAGGUGCAAGCGCUGCACGUAUGGCUGCACUCGCUGCUGGCAUUCCCAACAGUACUGCUGUCAAUACUGUCAACAGACAGUGUUCCUCCGGAUUGACUUCCGUCAAUCAAAUUGCAAUGGAGAUUGCAACGGGUGAAAUUGACAUCGGUAUCGGUGCUGGUGUCGAGUCGAUGACGCACGGAUAUGGUCCAGGAGCACAGCCUGCCAGUUUCUCUGAGAAAGUCCUUGCAAACCAAGAAGCUGAGGACUGUCUUAUCCCUAUGGGUAUCACGUCUGAGAAUGUCGCGAAAGACUUCAAAAUUUCCCGCGAGGUACAAGACAACUUUGCUGCAGGUUCCUUCCAGCGAGCGGCAGCGGCUCAGAAAGCGGGCAAGUUUGUUGGCGAGAUUAUUCCGGUUACUGUGAAGCAGGUCGACCCGAAGACAGAGCAGGAACGCGAGAUAGUUGUGGAUUCGGAUGAUGGUAUUCGGGAUGGCGUCACCGCCGAGAGCCUUGCAAAGCUCAAAGCCGCCUUUUCGAAGCACGGUUCGACACACGCUGGCAACGCGUCGCAAGUGUCCGAUGGUGCCGCUGCUGUACUUCUUGCACGUCGAUCUGUAGCGAGGCGUCUUGGUCUACCUAUCCUUGGAAAGUUUGUCACCGCCGCCGUUGUCGGCGUCCCACCUCGGAUUAUGGGCGUCGGCCCAGCAUUUGCGAUCCCGAAGGUGCUAUCGAAAACGGGCCUCACGAAGGAUGACGUCGAUUUUUAUGAAAUAAACGAGGCUUUUGCUAGCCAGGCUGUAUUCUCUAUCCAACAUAUUGGCAUUCCCUUUGAGAAGGUCAACCCUCGUGGAGGCGCUAUUGCCAUUGGCCAUCCGUUGGGCUGCACUGGUUCACGUCAAAUUGCCACUGCUUACCCUAUUGCUAAGGAGACUGGCGCAAAGAUUUUUGUCACAAGCAUGUGUAUUGGCUCAGGGAUGGGAAUGGCUGCAGUUUUCACUAACGAACAGUAG